GCAUUUCUCUUCCACCUGAAUUCACUCCUCCAGCUGUACCUUCGCCUUCUCCACCACCUAAUGUACCACACAUUCCAAUUUCUCCAAGAUUCCCUGGAACACCGCCUCCAGAACACUCCUUUUGUACCAGGUCAGGUACCAUCAGCACCUACUGGACGUCCACCUACUGAAAGAAUCCCUCCGCCUGGACGAUUUGUUCCUGGACCAACUCCAACUCCUCGUUUUCCCACACUUUUACCAACAACAGGGCCUAUUAGGCCGGAAUUUACUACUCGUGGACUUGUUCCUGGCUUAACUCCGCCAGGAGGUUUAACAACAAUUACCCCGCCUGUUACUCCAGAGAUACCUUCAGGGCCGACAAUUCCUUUAAUACCUUCUGCGCCUCCUCAACCAACAACGGCACCACCUAAAAAACAAAUUCAGAAUAGAGUUGUUGGUAUGUUAUUAUUAUUAGUUAAAUUACUUAGUUUUCUGUUUAAGGCAAAGCUAAAGUAA